CCUAGUUAUUCAAUUAUCAACACAGACACCAGCGUGAAGUGGACAUUUAUCGCCUUAUUCUCGAAGAAAUAGUUUAUACGUAUUGAUAAAAGAGCACAAUUAUGGAGGGAAAACGAGCAAAACCCGAAGCUGUUGUGCAGGUACAGUUAAAGGAAAUGACCCCUGUGCAUCUCGAGGGACCAGUCCGAAGAUCCUCACGAAAUGCCCUGGCACCUAAACGCCUCCAGUACUCACCUGAGGCUGAAAUAGCCAGCAAGAAAAGAAGAACAACAACACACAAUGGCCCACACAGCCAGACUAACACAAAGGAGAUCAAGAAAGAGAUCAAGAAGGAGGAUGUUGAGAACAGUGAUGUGGAGCGUAUAUCUAGAACAACAAAGCACAAUGACAAAAACAGCCAGAAGAACCGAGAGGUAAAGAAGGAAGAGGAGGAUGUUGAAAGCAGUGAUGUGGAGCGCUCAUCUAGAACAACCAUGAACAGAAACAGCAAGAAAAGCAGGAAGGACAUUAAGAAGAAGAAAGAGGAGGAUGAGGAUGUUGAAAACAGUGAUGUACAAUGUACAUCUGAUGAAUAUGGAGGACUCUCAUCAUAUGAACUGGAGCGUCUGGAGAACAUCAGACAGAACCAAGCAUUUCUGUCUUCUAUCAACUUACUCCAGGCAACCACGGAGUUAAAGCAGUUGGCACGGCCAAAGCCAUCGCAGAGGGGUCUCAUGAGGUCACAGGCUGCUGUAAAAGAAGUGCUGCCACCUCGCAAGUCCCUACGUCUCCAAAACAAAGAGGCAGAAGUCUUGACGCUUCCUCCUGAACCCAGGGGAAACCUGAUCUAUGACGAGCCAAUCCAGAAACUCAAGAAGCCUCCUGGCCCUCUGCACAUGGAUCCACUCAACAUGGAAGAGGGAAGCAAGCUGCCCUCACAACUUCUUGAGCUCUGCUCUGAGGAUUCAACAGAAGAAAGAAAGACGGCACUUGAUCUGAAAGAUUACCGCUCAGCCCUUAAGAACAUGAAGAUAACCGACGACAGAGUGGCCAAAGUGGUGAAGGAUCGCAUCUUCUCUGCUGCCUUCCACCCGUGCAGCAGCAGCCUGUUAAUGGCCACUGGAGACAAGUGGGGGAAAGUUGGACUCUGGAAGCUGGGGAGCGAUUGGGGAGAUGAUGGCGUUCUACUCUUUGAGCCUCACUGUCGUCCAGUGAGCUGCAUGGCGUUCUCCAGGGCUCAUCCCACCCACCUGCUGAGCCUCAGCUAUGACGGAUCGCUCCGCUGCAUGGAUGUAGAGAAGGCCGUCUUUGAUGAUGUGUAUGACAUUGAGGAUGGACUGAAAACAUUUGAUUUCAUGUCACAUGACUGUUCGACACUAGUGGUGGGGAACUGGUGGGGAGAGGUUGCCAUCGUCGACAGGCGCACGCCAGGAAACUCCCAUGAGUCCCUCCACUCACUGGACCCCAAGACUCUGCGUUGUGUUAGCGUCCACCCUGUACAGAAACAGUACUUUGCUGUUGCAGAAAGCAAGGUAGUGAACAUUUACGACAGCCGAUGCCUGCAGAAGACCAAAAGUCCGGUGGUCUCCCAGCUGAACGGCCACUCUUUAAGCAUAACCAGUGCUUAUUUCUCCCCUCGUACAGGCAACAGAGUUCUCACCUCCUGCAUGGAUAACCACAUAAGGGUGUAUGACACAUCUGCAAUGACUACCAAAUCUCCCUUGCUGACAUCCAUAAGACACGACAUGCACACAGGCCGCUGGCUGAGCAAACUCUCAGCGGUGUGGGACCCCAAACAGGAAGACUGCUUUGUGGUGGGGUGCAUGGAAAGGCCUCGCAAGGUGCAGGUGUUCCACGAAAGCGGCCAGCGCCAGCACUCCUUUAUAGAUGGUGAGAACCUCAACACAGUGCUGUCCGUCACUGCUUUCCACCCCACAAGGAAUGCCUUACUGGGCGGCAAUGCUUCAGGGCGCCUGCACGUCUUUUCCGACUGAGACUAGACCAGCAUAUGAGACCAUGACCCCGGGUUGUUUUCAGAUGGGUAGGAAGAACGAGUAAGGAAGUAGUUUUGACAAUGUCAACUUGUACAACAACCAUAUAGCGGUAACACAAUAUUGUCUUAAUUCUCACACUUAAUGCAAUACACUGAAAACAAUUGCAACUAGUAUCCAAAACUUUCAACCUUGAAUCCACUGUAUGUGGAUAAGGCUUUAUUAGUUCUGCACAUGAGGACACAACACUCCUCUCCAAAUUUUGUAGCACUCCACUGUAGAGUUACAUUGGGAAUGUGAGUGCGCAGAAGUGCCCAUCACGCUUUCUGUUUGGGUUGGUCCUGCCUGAAAAAAAAAAAUCCAGAGUUGUUGUUUUUUUUUUGCAGUUUUCUGUAUCGAUGAACCUUUGCCCCGUCCAAGCUCACAGGCUUUGCUGUAGAGAAGCACCUCAACAUUAUGGUCCUGCCACUGUUAGCCUUCAUGGCGGAGAUGGUGUGUUUCUCCUCAUGUGCAGUGCUUGGCUCAUGCCAUAUGGAGCAUUUAGUUUGCUGGCCAAAAAGCUCAGAUUUGUUCCAAACCUUUGGUAGAUUUUCCAGUUGUUUCAUAUCGUUUCCUCUCUGCAUUGAAUUACCUUACUGGACUGCAGGGGAUACUUAGAGACUUGGUCUUUCUAUAAUGACAGAAGAUCUUGGUGUUUUUUUGGAUGUUCACUAACCAUUUGUUGGACCUUUUGACAUAGUUGUGCAUUUAAAGUCAAUGUUUUAUGUGAUAAGACAAAACUGAUCUUUCCUCCAUAUGAUCUAUAAAAUGUUAUUCGCUUUUUUUAUUAAGAUACUUGAAUUAGAUUUCGGUAAGUGUGUGGAUACCUGCCAGCUUUGAAAUAAUCCUAUUUUUUCUGUUUAUCAGUUCAGAAUCAGAAAAAUCCUAAACACAUUCAAAGUGAUUCAAAUUAAAAAGUAAGAAGGGAAAUGCAAAGCUUUAAAUGCAUUAUACAAAUAGCAAAGGACUUACUUGACUCUGCUAUUUACUUUUCUGUUAGCAUUUCUGCAAUUUGUUAUACUUAAAACCUCUUAGAGAACCUAAGCAAAUUUUAAAAUAGGUUCCCUUUGUUAUUGUUUGCAUAUAUGGCACUGUGACUUUGAAGCGGCAAACCUGUUUGGGCUGUGAAAAGUGCCUGCUGUUAAAUUAAUUGUUCAUUCCAUUUGUUUUAUUUUGUU